AUGAAGACUUUACAAUCACCGAUGAAGGGCUCUCCAUUGUGCUACUCAUACAGCCAAGUCAAACGCUCUCUUGCUGCCGAUCAUCAUCAUACACGCUCUCCAAAUGAAAUGGCCUAUGAAAUUACGGGUUCUACUAGAAACCCCCAUCUUCUCACAUUCCAAACUACUCGCACAGCAAAAUGCAUCUACUUUGACGGCGAUUUCGUAACCCUCAUGGGAACAGGACGAAUGGACACACAAAUGCUGCACAUCUACGAUAAUGUAUCUGGGCCAGAUCCUAUUGGAGAUUAUGGACCAGAUCUAAAAGGCCUUGGUGGAAGAAGUUGGGGAGUCGAAGGGUUUGUGAGAAUGAACGCGGGAUUUGAAAUGAUCUGGUGUGAUUUCGAGAAUGAAAGCUUGAGAUUGGUAGGGCAUUUGAAUGUUACAGCUCCUUUAUUACCUGAGUCUAUAUCGCAAGAUUUGUAUGAAGAGGACGAAACGGAUAUGACAUCCUGCCUCCCACUACCAUCUGCAACGACAAGAUCGCCUCAAACUACUCAAACAAAAAAUCCCACGGAAAAUCAUCCUGCCAUGCCACCAAACUUCAGACAUGACGCUGAAAGAGAACCAUUUCUUCGAAGUCAAGAUUGGGUCUGGUUUACUAGUGCCGCCACUCAUUACGGAUCUUCAGGAGCCGGCUCCAUUAGUGGUGAAAACAGGGUUCAACUGCUCACCUGUGGAAUUCUAAACUACUAUUCUCCCAAAUUCGAAACCCAAGCACGAGCACGCGGUGCCAUAGAAAAGGAAUCAUUGAACUUCACACGUGAAGGGUUCUGGAAAGGUAGUUUCGGCGAUGAUGACACGAGAACGACGGCUCUAAAUGCUUUGAUGAGGAGAAUAUCACAUACUUUAGAUGGUGUGAGUACAGCUGCAGCUACAAUGAUGAAACAGGAUUCCGAGAGAGUCCUUAAGAAUCUAAUAUUAGGUCAAUCUGGAAAUUGUACCGGUAAUGACUGGCAAACCAUAACCAACCAAACCGUGCAAACCUACGCAUCUCCCUUAGCCCAACUCUUCCAAACCCUACAAAACCACUCUUCCACUUCCAUCCCAUCAUCCAACCAUUCUGCACAGAGAAAAUGGAUAUCAUCCAUGCGAGACCAAACCCACUCAUUUCUCCUCCCAUUCCUCGAAUAUCCGUAUCCGUCUCCGACAGCAGACAAAUCCAUCUGA